GAUCGCUUCGACACCUAUCAAAGUUCGACACCCCCUUUUCGCUCAUACACGCGCUUCCUCGAUUUGUCAAAAUUAAUAUAUUUACACAUUGUCUUCUUCGAUAACUAGUAAGGAAUUAUAAUAGACAUUCUGCACUAGGCUACGUGAUUGGAUAAUUUUUAAACUUAAUUAUUUGACCUCACAGCUUGUCAUAGUAUAUUGAGACGAGAACAUAAUGGCAGUAAAACGUAAACUAUUCAAAAUCAACAAUGUGGAUUAAAUAGCUAUUUAAUAAAUGUUGCAAUUUAAUUCCAAUUGACUGCAGCUUCAUUAAACAUUGUUAACUAUUUCUCAUCACAAAAUAAUUUUAGAAUUAUUUUCUUCAAGUUUAGAAGAAGAAAGAACAUUGAUAAUAGAAAUGAAACAAUUCUCCGAUAUGAAAGGUUCAUGUUGGAUUUUUUACAGUAGUAUUUUUACUGUAACAUUUGUAUUCUCUUGCAAACAAAGUGAAUUUCAAUGUAUCAAUGGACGUUGUAUUAGUCUCAAUAAGAUUUGCAAUCUUGUGGAUGAUUGUGGUGAUAAAAGCGAUGAGCAACAGCAAUGUUCACCUUGCAAUAGAACUUACUAUGGAGAUAUCGGCAAAACUUAUGAUCUUGAGCUCCAUCGCCCAAAAGAAGACAAGGUGCCUUACUUCUGUAAACUUACUUUUAGUGCACCAGGUGGGGAUUUCGGUGAUAUUAUUCAGCUAACAUUCGAUAGUUUUACGCUCGGAAAAUUCGUGUCAUUUACUGUGGCGGGAUGUCCAGACGGUUCGCUACAGAUAUCAGAAGCAAAUCGACCAGAUGUCGGUGGUCAUUGGUGUGGAACAUCUUGGGGACCAGCCAUCUACUACAGUGAGACUCCAAUAGUUUCAAUAACAUUACGGCUUUUCAGACUCAGUAAAGAUCAAACUGGAUUCAAUUUUGACUUUCGCAUGGCUUACAAGAUGAUUCGCCGUUCUGAUGCUGUUGUGCGAUACAACAAUCCCUUUGUCGGCGUUACGAAUUUUUCGUUGGCUACAAUUGUGAAUACGACUACAAUAGCAAGCGUGACUAUCCCAACCGAACGAUCAUCUAGUAAAACUGGAAAUGCAACAUCAAAAUAUUUAACAACAUUAAACCCUACGGUUAUAGCUAAAUCUACUCCAAUUGAGAACCGUCAAUCUACACAGAUACCACCGCCAUUGCAAAUUGAGCCAACAACGCGAAAAUAUAAUUCUGAACAAUAUUUGGGUGAACUUAUUUCCGGUACUUAUUGUUCUAAGACCUUCAGUGACUGUGAUAAAAAAAGAUGUCGCCUACAGUCACCUAACUUCCCUGGACUUUAUCCACGAAAUUUAACAUGUUAUUAUGCAAUUCGUCAACAUGAAGUUCCAAAAGGAAAACAUCCCUUAAUUUCCGUGAAACAGCCUCGCGGUCAAUUAAUUGCUGUACGAUCGAAGCCACCUACUCAGGCUGAGCUACCACCUCGCGAGCUUCAACUUUGGGAUGAUUGUAACAUAGUUAAGGAUCAUGUAACUAUUUAUGAUGGUUAUAAUACAAUGGAGCCAGUGAUACUAAAGUUUUGCGGGGGUGGCGAACCUCUCCCAGAAGUCGUUAGCAGUGGCAAGGAUCUUCUUGUUGUUUUUACAACUUCACCAUACGGGACGUUUCUUCAUCCAUCACCACCUCAUUCGCUACAUGGUUUUCAAUUGGAUGUACAAGUGAAGUUUGUUGACUCAAAUUCUACUACCUACGCUAAGAAUAAACGCUGCGAAUUUUGGCUGCGGGGCGACGCUGGUGGCGUUCUUACCUCACCUCAACACUCAUUACCGCGAAAUAGUACAUGCCUUUAUCAUUUGCGUGGCGAAAGUAAUAGCUUUCCUACUCCAACAUCACCUAGACCAAUUCCCAAGUUUCCAACUAAGGCUGAUAUUAAAUGGGGUAGACAAAAACCUGUAAUGCCUCAACCACAGUUCCGUGUUUGGUUGUCCAUACUUAAAUUUCACGUUAGUACAACACCGGCCAAUACCGACGACGAAUGUUCCACCACUCUAAAGAUCUGGGAUGGGGAGAUGAUGCCUCUCUCGGCAACUGAAUGCAACGAUGUAUUAUGUGAAAAAGAAAACGAGAACUCCGGCAACGUUAACAGUAUUGAUAGUUCAUUACCGAGUAGCCGAUUGGCAAGUAAUACUUCUCUUCUAGCUCGUUACUGUAAAGAUAAAGUACCACGUAGCUGCGAUCACGCAAUUUUGCAAAAUACCAGUCGACCUUGUUCACUUGGUGAGAGUUUCGUAUCAUCCGGUAGCAGUUUAACCAUCGAAAUAUUAGUCACCGAGACAACGGCUCUAAGACCUUUGGAUUUUCGUGCUCUCUAUGAGUUUGUUGAUCUAUACCAAGAUGGUGAUCAAUAUGGUAAUUCCCCUUGCUCACGAGUGUUUUAUAGCCGGAAUCGCGACACUUACCCAGAUCGCAAUUUCCGUGCACCUAGAGAUAUUUUUCUUUACGGUCGCGGUGGUGCAGAAAAUUUAACCUGUGUGUACCGUUUCGAGGGUGAGCAGGAUGAAAUAGUUAAAUUGCGAUUCAAUAAAAUUUUCAAUGGCAAUCGAUCUUGUAAAAGUGUUUCUAGUUCGGAUUACAAUCGUUUUCUCUGCGUUGGAUCAACUGGAUUCUCUUUGAAGGUAAUGGACCUACCAUGGGGAAAUGCACCACCGAUACAACGAGACUGUUUUUGUUCAAAUCGUUCUUUGCCAAUCAAUUUUAAAUCAAAGUCAAGCACCGUUGAGGUACAUUUCAAAGUACAUUCUAUGAACUCAUUUGACGACUAUAAAAACUUGUAUUUCGAGGGUACGUGGGAAUUUUUUAAAACUGCGCAGUGCAUGCAAAAAAGACGGGUUCACGGACCUUCUGGAGAAAUAAAAAAUUAUGCUUCUAUAGAUGAUGAUAAUGAGCAAUACUGCAAAAACCAUCCAUGGCUGAUCGAGCCAGGGCUGAACCAGUACCUGUACGUAAAACUGCCAGGUACAAUAGCGACGAACCGCACCAAAUGCGAUACCAAGAAUCGCAUUGUUGUGCAUAUAGCAGGGAAAUUACACGCGGCAGUAUGCCCGCGGUAUUCAUCUGGGUGGCAUCAGAGCGUUGUCGAGGUCUUUAGUGACGGCUGGACCGUCAGCGAUAAUGCGAUGAUCGUCGCAGCACCUCGAGAUGCCGUAAGAAGCAUCGCCAUCGAGUACAUUAUCAACGAGGAUAUCACAGAUGGCGAUGAAUACAGUAUCACAUGGCUAGAACUCACAAGGAGGCCGCUGCUGAAUUCGGCACUAGUGGGGUUCCGAUUAGGCCACGAUUGCGAACAUCGCUGCCCGGAGCUAGAUGCAUGUAUCAAUGGAUCAUUAUGGUGCGAUGGCGUGAGCCAUUGUCCAACAGGAUAUGACGAAGCUCUUGGGCACUGCUCGAUCCUACUGCGUAUGCCACCGCUACAUCUUGGGAUUGGGGCAAUCGCCUUCGUUUCUAUUAGUGGUCUGCUUUGUAUCGCUUCGUGGCGUGCUUGUCGAUACGGUUCCAAUGGACGCUCCAUAUCUCAGCAUCGACUGAAAAGCAUUUCUUCAGAGACGGCCAUAAUCGAUGGCAAGGAGGUUAUUUGCUGACAUAGCGAGAGUUCUGUGCGUUACGUUGAAAUCGAUCGAGUCACGACCGUGUGACAAUUGACAACGAUUACAAAAAUCAAUCAACAAGA